AUGGACGAUAAUUUGGAUGAAUUGCUGGAUGACAAGUUCGAUGUUCUGUCCUUAAACGUUUCUCAGUCUCCCAUGGCGUUGAGUAAUUGGGAAAAUCUGCUGAAUUACCUCUUGGAGAAGGCCAGUCCUGUCUGUAAGAACAUCAAUAAGCAAUUGCUGGAGCUCAUCAGGCAAACCUACGACUCACUUUUCGCGUACUUCCCAUUGCUAGAAAACUACAGCGUCGAUUGUGCUCUCCUGGAAUACAAAAUUGGAAAUGUCAAGGCAAUGCAUUCAACGUUUACUGCUGCAUUGCAGAGACAUAACAACUCGUCACUACUGUUGUGGAUAGAGUAUUUGAAGUUGUGCAAUGAGGUUGUGGUAAACAAAAAACAACUGUUUCGCAAGUACGAAUUGGCAGAAUCCUACAUUGGUCUUCAUUUCUACAGUGGAGAGUUUUGGGAGCUUUACUUGGAACAAAUAAAGCUUCGAUGCGUUGGACGCCAACGCUAUCUAGCCGUUUUGAGAAAAGUAUUGGAAAUACCGACGUAUUCGUACAGCAAAUUUUUCGGAAUUUGGUUGCGCGCCGUUGACGAUGUGAAGGACGUCAAACAACUAACGCUAAUGGCUCCAGAGAAGGAGCUCAACCGUAAAAUCAAAAUAAGAAUACGAGGUCGCGAAAGAAAAGGCCCCCAGUUACAAGAAGGCAAGAAAGCACUACGGAAAUACACAAAAGAGCUUUAUAUGGUGACCCAGCAUCGUGUUCUGGAAAUCUACAAUUUGUUCGAAUCCAACAUCAAGACCCACUAUUACUGUUCUGCUGAGAUACUUAUAGAAAAGAGUGAAAUUUCUGCCUGGUGGAAAUAUUUGGAUUAUUGUGACCAGAACGGGAUUGAUCAACUGACGCAUCUAAAUUUUCAACGAGCUCUUUUGCCCUUGGCGCAUUAUGAAAUGGUCUGGCUCAAAUUCGCGGCUUGGCUAAUACAGGACUUCCAAGACUAUAUAACGGCUAAAAACGUUCUGUCGCUUGGACUACAACUAUCGCAUAGAAAGUCCAAGAUUUUGGAUAAGCUGUGUGGACUACUGGUAAAACUUGGAAAACAAGAUGAACUGCAACUACUUUUCAAGCAAAUACAGUCUGCUUUCAAUGAUAAAAUAGAGGAAACAGAUGAUUUCGAAUUAUUCAUGGAUUAUUUUGACUUCACUAUUUUCGUGGAAAAAUGGAACCACCGCAAUGGUGCGGACGUAGCGCUGAAGGUACUGCGCAAGAGGCUCAGUUAUGGAUCCAAUAAAAGUGGACAAGAAGAGCUGCUACAUUCGGUGUGCCAGAUGUAUGCUCUAUUUCCGAGGAAACUGCUAGAGGAGCAGAUUUUCAGACUUAUCAUUGACGAGAACUGGUUGUAUUAUUUGGACAGUGCCAAGUUUUGGUAUGAAUAUUGCAACCGGAUCUGGGUAGACCGCGAGACGUCCUAUUUGGAAAAAAGGAGAUACGUUGUCGAGCACAUAAUGCCUUUGGUUUGCAAACGCAGUGACUCGGCGAAGAAAGGCAUUGAAUCUUUUUGCGAGAACUACAUGCCAGAAGAUUUAGAUGCAUGGUACGAUAUGUGUGGCUAG